AUGGAGUACGACAAUGAAUUCUGGGAGCCUUUAAUCGACGAUGGGUUUGGAGGUUCUAAUGCGGUUGAGUUCAUGUGCCCUCCUGUCGAAGAGGUAAACGGCGUAGGGCCGGGUCCUCGGAGGGUUAUAUUCUACCAGACUAAUAGCGCAUUCGACCACAGCAUGUUGAAUGGGGAUGGGACGAACAAAGAUACCCCUUGGAAGACUGAGGGAUGCGACGGAGACGAGGCUAAGGAGCAUGAUGCGGUAGGUGGUGGGAUAGGGGGUUCCCGGUUUGGUGUGGCAUCAGAGGGAGGCAAACCCGGCGAUGAAAGGGCGGAUGAUGUUGGUGUAGCAGUAGGUGAUGGAUAUAAAUCAGCAAGACGAGGGAUAGCAGAUGUGGACAGCGUUGGCGGGUACGAAGGUAGUGGACGGAUAAGGGUGGAUAAUAAUAUUCGUUUUGACGAUAGUGCGGUUGUUAUCGCCCCACCGAAUACAAAGAGGACGGCAGGAAGGCGUAGGGAGUCCCGUUACCCAUCGGUGGGGGAAAUACCAGUGACAAGGGUUAAGAAAGCUAAUAAGUGUGGCCAUUGUGGACAGUCGGAGCACAAUAGGACGAGUUUAACCGGAUGUUUGGUGUUUGGUGAUGAUGUUGCUGGGGCGUGUUUUUUUGUGGUAGCAUUGCAGUUAAAUAUGCAGGUUGCUGUGGUUAUCCAAUCGUGGUUUGAAUUGCAAUCUCGGGGAACCACUGUUGAGGAGGUGGGGAAUUGGCAUGAUGAUUUCCACAGCGCCGAGUUCGGGGUUGGGAUCGAGUUCUUUUAG